AUGGCGUUGGCAAUAAGAGUAAUAUUUUAUGUCAUACUUCUUUGUUUGUUGAUUUUUCAACAGAAAAGUGAUGCAGAAGAAUUAAUAAAACUUGAAAAACCAAGAUUGAGAAAUUGCAAAUUUGAUAGCAUAUAUCAGUUUGGUGACUCAAUUUCUGAUACCGGCAAUUGCAUGAGAGAGAGUUUUUGUAAAGCUCAUAGUAAAUGUGGAAAACUUCCUUAUGGAAUUAAUUUUUAUCAGAAUGCAUCAGGACGUUGUUCCAAUGGCAUGCUCAUGAUUGAUUUCAUAGCAUUGGAAUCGGGUCUUCCGCUCCUAAAUCCAUACAAGGAUCGAAGUGCAAAUUUCAGACAUGGUGUGAAUUUUGCAGUUGCAGGGGCUACUGCUUUAUCCAAUGAAAUAAUGGCAGAUAAGAAGAUUUUAAAUAAAGUUACCAAUAGUUCAUUGAGUGUGCAACUUGAUUGGUUUUCUUCCCAUUUUGAAACCACCUGCUCCACUGAUUGCCGAGAAAAAUUAAAAAAGUCACUUUUCCUGGUUGGAGAAAUCGGAGGAAAUGAAUUUAAUUUUGGCUUAUCGCAAGGUAAAACCAUCGAAGAAUUGCGAAAAAUAGUGCCAGAAGUUGUUCAGACCAUCAUUCAUGCUGUUAAAAGGGUCAUUGAUUUUGGAGCAACUCGAAUUAUAGUUCCAGGCAAUUUUCCAAUUGGUUGUAUGUCGGGUAUGUUAACGCAAUUCAUGACUAAUAAAACAACAGCGUACGACGAAUAUCAUUGCUUGAAAGAUUUAAAUAAUUUUGCAAUCUUUUACAACAAUCAUUUACGACAAGCCAUUGAUGAAUUGAAGAAAAAGUAUCCAAACAUUACACUCAUUUAUGGUGACUACUACAAUGCCUAUAUGUGGCUUCUACAAAAUGCCAUAAGACUUGGAUUCGAUAAAAACUUUCUACCAAAAGCAUGUUGUGGAACAGGAGGCGACUAUAAUUAUAACAUACAUAAAAGAUGUGGAUCUCAAGGAGUUCAAGUGUGUACUAACCCAAAUACUUACAUCAAUUGGGAUGGAGUUCAUUUGACACAAAAAGCAUAUAAAUGGUUGACAAAUUGGUUAAUUGAUGACAUGUUAUCCAAAUUAAACUGUGAUGUUUAA